GUGUCAAAAAAACCAAAGUCAAAAGGCUAAUAUAUACCUUUAAAAAAGGGCAAACUAGCUCCAUCUUAUAGCUUAGGAUAUAACAAAGGUCACUUAAAAAUUUAGAUAAAAACAGCCCAUCUUUGUCAUUGCCUUACCUGCUGCUAUUAAUUAAGUUUUAAAUAGACUACCCAACUAAAAUAAUUUCUAUUGCAUCACCAUUUUCUCCAAAACACAGAAAAAAGCUCCUCAACCAUAAACUUUUAAGCUGGUAAUACUAUUCCUACAAUGGCAGAACCAGUUCCAAUACCAAAACAAGAAUUAGCAUCAAAGUUAGUUCAAGAAAUAGCUAAAAAAGGUGAUGAAAUACCAGAGAAAUACCUCCAUAAAAAUGGAUUUCCUGAAGCUAUUGAAGCUCCUGACUUGUGGAGGAACAACUUGCUUAUUGAUUUUUCUCUCCUUUCAUCUUCGGCGUCGGAACUAGAGAAACUCCGAUCAGCACUUUCUGAAUGGGGUUGUUUUCAGGUAAUAAAUCAUGGGAUAGAGAGCUCAUUCCUUGAAGAAUUGAUUGAAGUUUCUAAACAAUUCUUCGCGCUUCCAUUAGAGGAGAAGCUAAAAUGCUCUGCAGCAGAUGACAUCUUCCAAGGGUAUGGAAAUGAUAUGGUUUAUGCAGGGGAUCAAACUGUCAAUUGGAAUGAUAGGCUCUUUCUUACACUUUACCCAGAUGAUAAACGUCAGCUCCAGUUUUGGCCAACAAAGCCUGACAAAUUCAGGGGCAUGAUAGACGAGUACUCGAAGAAGUUAGCAACCAUUGUAGAAGCUAUAUAUAAGGCAAUGGCAAGAUCAUUAAACUUAGACGAAGACUGCUUCUUAAAACAUCAGGGGAAAAGAGGACCAAUAACUGGGAGGUUUAGCCUGUAUCCUCGCUGCCCAUGCCCUGAAAGUGUUCUUGGGGUUAAGCCACAUUCCGAUGGCACAACAAUGACGUUUCUUUUGCCGGAGAAAGAGGUCGAUGGUUUACAAGUUCUGAAAGAUGACUGCUGGUACAAGGUCCCAGAUAUCCCAGGUGCCUUGUUUGUCAACUUCGGCGACUUAGGAGAGGUGAUGACUAACGGGGAGUUCAAGAGCGUGAUGCAUAGGGUAGUAACAAAUGCUGCGAAGGACAGGAUAUCAGUGGCCGCGUUCUGCACACCAGCAGACGAAAAGGAAAUUGGAGCAGUCAGUGAAUUAGUAGGCAUUCAUCAGCCCCAAAUGUACAAGAGGUUCAACAUCCAUGACUUUAGGCGGAUGUUCUUUGAGAGUUAUGCACAAGGGCGUAGGACAAUUGAUGCACUAAAGCUUUAGCAUGUCCUAUGUUCUUAGAGUGAAACCUGUUCAAUCAAAUUUCAUGAGUGUAUCUAGAGAGGGGAGCAAUCAUUACAAAACUUCAAAUUGAAUUAGACAUCUCAUAUCAUCAAUGAAGUUAAAGAAAUUCAAAGAUCUAAAUUCAGGUCAUCACAUUUUGUAUGUAUGUGUCUUUUGUCGAGGUCCACAUUUCAAUAUGGAGAUUAUGGAUACUUGAUAUUUCAUAUCAAAUUGGAUAUGGACACUAGACAGUUUGAUUUAUAAAUGCGUUCAAAUUUUCAUGAA